AUGGGAAACGACGGAGGAUCCAUUCCUAGACGCAUUGAGCUUGUCAAAGAAAAGCAAAAAGACAUUCGUCUAAAUCCCGAUCUUGAACGAUUAGCUGCUUGGUUUCACUGCGCCCUGUCAAAGCAACCUUUGGAACCACCCAUUGUGGCCGAUGCAUUAGGGAAAUUGUAUAAUCAAGAUGCUGUCAUUGAAUACCUAUUGGAUAAAUCGGCUUACGGUGAUGCCGACAAGAUCUGUUCUCACAUUCACUCCAUGAAAGACACCACCAAACUGAAUCUCACACCUAAUCCGGCCUAUUCGGAAGCAGCUACUGGUGCAGCCACCAUGGGCAAUCUCGAACAAGACAUCAAAGCUCGAUUCAUUUGCCCCAUCUCCAUGAAAGAAAUGAACGGCAAACAUCGUUUCGUCUAUUUCGAUACCUGUGGAUGUGUCAUUGCCGAGCAGUCAUUGAAGGAAAUUCCUAGCAAAGAAUGCGUCACUUGUGGCAAGCCCUUUGAAAACGAAAAUGUAAUUGUGAUUAAUCCGCAAAAGGAAGAAUUGGAAGGAAUGAAGGCGGCGAUGGAAGCCAAGAAGGCUAAAGCUAAAGCUGCAAAGAAAGCCAAAAAGGCUGCUAAAGCUGCCAUGCCGGAAAGCGAUACUUCUGGCGCUGUGUCCCCUCCAAAGGAUAAAAAGAGAAAGCAUCACUCUGAAUCGCCCGAAGGUCCAGGUACUCCGAAAAAGCUAAACACCAGCGGUAUUUCGUCGUCUUCAGCAGCGGUGGUUAUGAGCAAAGUAGCCCAGGAGUUGGCUGAAAAGCACAAGAAGCAAGAAUUAUCCAGUGCGGUGAAAAGCAUUUACGCCAAGAAGGAUGUCAAGGGCAAUUACCUCACCAUGGGUACAUUUAACCGAUACGCAUAA